AAAAGCACCAACAAAACCACACAAGAAGAAGAAGAAGAUAUAUAUCUCAGCCAAGCAAGUGUUGCAGACACCAAUAGUUGCAGAGCAGGCAGUGGUGCAAAGCAGGGACGACGAGCAACAGAGGAAGAAGAAGAAGAUGAAGGUGAUAGUGGCCAUAGACGGAAGUGAGGAGAGCUUCUAUGCGCUCAAGUGGGCCCUUGACUUUCUUCUUGUCGGGCCCAAGGACAACGCCGAUGAUGUGGCUACAAGCACAGGCACGGCGACCCUGGAAGCACCUCAAGCAGGGAGCCAUGAGAAUGUGAGCAUGGUGACUCUGGUUUAUGUUAUGCAGCCGUUCCAGAACUACGUCCUCCCUGCUGCUGGGUCUGCUGAAUUGCGCAAGGAACAAGAAGAAAAGGCUGCUGCUAUACUCGCCCGUGCUUUGGAGAUUUGCAAGGAUAAGAUGAUCAAAGCAGAAACCCUAAUUCUACGUGGAGAUCCGAAGGACAUGAUUUGCGAAGCCACAGAGCAGAGGCAUGUGGAUCUUCUGGUUGUAGGUAGCCGUGGCCUUGGCAUGGUUAAGAGAGCAUUCUUAGGAAGCGUGAGUAGCUACUGUGCACAUCAUGCAAAAUGCCCAGUUGUAAUUGUGAAGCCACCCAAGGAGUCUGGAAAGCAGUAGGUUUUUAU